AUGUCGGCCUUGGAGGGUGAUGCUGUUAUCAACACAUCAUCAGCUGUGGAUCUUUUCAAACCAUCCAAGCAAGUUUCAAGCACACGGUCCCCACCAAAGUUGCUACAGGGAAUGGCUAUGCAUAAAGCCAUGCAGCAUGUGUACGGCUUACCGGCACAGAAGUCUACUACUACUACAGCAGCAACAUCAUCAUCAUCAUCAUCACCACCUGCAUCUGUAUCAUUGGCAUCAUCAUCAUCUGCAUCAUCAUCAUCAUCAUCUGCAUCAUCAUCAUCAUCAUCUGCAUCAUCAUCAUCUGCAUCGGCAUCAUCAUCAUCCUUAGACGAGCUUUGUGAAGCUCUUAGCAAGCUCGACAUCUAUGAGCCAGACACGGAUGUACCAGAUGCCCCUCCUGGUACUCCUGAACAUUUACGAGAGAUCGUAGAGAAUGAGGACGCAGGUGCCUCAGAGCAAGCACAAGUCGUUGAAGACAUGCAAGACACAGUUAUGGCAUCACCAUCACCAUCGCCACCAUCAUUGCCAUUGCCAUUGCCACAACAACAACAAGAACCACCGAUUCUAUAUACCCAAGUGAUGCCACAGCCAACCAUCACCAUCCAUCCGGAGGCCACACCGGAAGUAGUAGUAGCAGCAGUAGUCGCAGCAGCAGCAUCAUCAGCACCAGCGGCAUCAGCAAUACCUGUUGCAUCUAGCACAGGUAGCAGCAAUAACCGAUCACGGUUAGAGAUCCGAAGGUCCGUUAUACGGCCUCGAAGUCGCCAUCGAUGGCAACGACAAAGUGGGAAGCCACCACCACCACUUCGCCUUCGAUGGCAGAGAACAAGUGGGAUCCCACCACCCCCACUUUCAAGACCGCCACCAUCACCACCAAGGCCACCACCAUUAAUAUCACCAUCACCGCCACCUCCAUCACCGCCAAGGCCACCUCCAUCACCACCAAGGCCACCUCCAUUAAUACCGCCACCACAACCACCAACACCACCCGCCACCACAUCCUCAGCCAUGGCAGGCGAGGAAAGACCAAGGCCAAUAGCAUGUCCCACAAGACGCUUACAACGGCCAUCAUCAUCAUCAUCAUCAUUACCAGCAUCAUCAUCAUCUUAUGUACCACCACCAUUACCAUUACCAAUACCAUCAUCAUCAUCAUCACCAUCACCAUCAUCAUGCACAUUGCCUUUUUCGGAAGCAGAGUUUGCACCACCAUCAUCAUUAUUGGACGACGACGAUACCCUUGCAGAGAUCUGGGGCACCGAUUUUCUCGGUACCUCAGAUGAAGUAGUCUUCGAUGAAGACGCAUAG